AUGGAGUAUUUGUAACUAAUUGUAAUAAUGUAUAAGUACAUAUUAUAAACUUAGAUCAUAUUAAUUCAGAGAGAUAUUAAUAUUUGAGACUUCAGUUGAAAUCCUGAAUAUUAGAUUUAGAAAAUGA